AUGAAAGUGCACUACACUAACAUAUUAUUAUUUUAUCUUCCAUUAAAUAUAUUGGAACAUAAUAAAAAUAAAUCAUACACCACACCAGAACAUACACGAAAUACUAGGUUAUUAUGCGAGUGUGAAUUAUAUACAUCCAUUUAUGAUGAUGACCCGGAAAUGAAAAAAGUAUUGCACGAUUUUGAUCGUCAAACCUCACAAAGAUUUAAAGAAUAUUACGAACGUAUGCUUGAAAAACGUAAAAAGUGUAAAGAACAAUGCGAUAAAGAUAUACAAAAAAUUAUUUUAAAAGACAAAAUCGAAAAAGAACUAACAGAAAAAUUGUCAGUAAUGCAAACGGAUAUAACGAAUGACGAUAUACCUACAUGUGCUUGCGAAAAAUCAUUAGCAGAUAAAGUGGAAAAAGGAUGUUUGAAAUGUACACAAAAUUUGGGAGGAGGAAUUGCUGAACUUGGGUUAAGUUCGUGGAAAACAGCCGCGUUAGCAGCUGCUAAGAAAGCAGCUAUAGCUGAAGGUGCAGUUAAGGGUUUGGCUAAAGUUGAAGCUAUGGGUUUUGCUAAAUUCAUUGAAGGAAUGGAAUCAGCUUUUUGUAUAAAGGACUUAAAUAUUAACUUAUUGAAAUCAGUUUUUAUGCAGCAAAAUUCUGCUAAUUUCUCAAGCAUUAGUAAUUUUAUUUAUAAGAAAUAUGAAGCUAUGUGUGCAUCGAAGAUCGUUGGCGCUGAUGGUGAUUUUGUCUUCCAAAUUGAUCAAACACUAAAGGGUGCUGCCUGUUCUAGUCAAGUAAAUGUUUCGAACAAAGCUUCUAUAGCAACAAAGGUCAAUACUAUUCUUUCAGCAUCUAAAAAUGAUGCUGCCUACAAAGCUGCUGAUAUUAUUGCUGAAAAAACAGCAGAAAUUGAAACAGCAAAAAAAGUAGCUAUAGAAACUACUUGUAUGAAUUGUCAUACAGCUAUUAUUGCAUCCAUCGUUGCAAUAUUGGUAAUAGUUUUGGUUAUGGUGAUAAUAUAUUUAAUUUUACGUUAUCGUAGAAAAAAGAAAAUGAAGAAAAAACUGCAAUAUAUAAAAUUAUUAAAAGAAUAA